AUGUAUUUUUGUGCCCUAGGCCAGCCAAAGUGAAGACAGAAAUAGAAACACCUUGAAACAGGAUUACCUGACUGAAAAUGGAGGAGGAGCAGAGUCGCAUUACAGGGAGAAUAUUAAACCUCACCUUGGAGAUCAUCUACCUGCUGACCGGAGAGGAAUGCAUUAUAGUGAAAAAGCCCUUUGAUCACAUGACUCACGUGUCACAACAUUGGAGAAGGAAACUGAGCACCAUGACGGACCCUCCAACUUACUCCCUAAUAGCUAAGAUAAACAAUGGUAAGAAGAUUCUAGAAGUCAUCCAGAAGAUCAUUGAGCUGCUGACGGGAGAGGUUCCUAUAAGGUGUCAGGAUGUCACUGUCUAUUUUUCCAUGGAGGAGUGGGAGUAUAUAGAAGGACACAAGGAUAUCUACAAGGACCUCAUGAUGGAGGACCAUCCACCCCUCACAUCACAGGAUGGAUCCAGUAAUGGGAACCCACCAGAGAGAUGUCCCCGUCCUCUGUAUUCCCGGGACUCCACACAGGAACAUCAGGAGGUCCCUCAGGACGAU